CCGAUUCAGUCGAACGCCAACUGCCUAGCGCCGCGGAGUGCGUGGCAUCAUCGUCGUGUUGUGUUGCGAGCGAGUGUGUGUGAGUGCGCGGCUCUCUAGCCUUCUCCCGUCGUUGCCGUUGAACGCGCGCGGUCGUGCGGUUGUUUAUGGUGGCCCAUCCCAGUUCGCUGCGAAUGUGUGUGCCGUUCCCGUAAACAAAUCGCGCCUCUGCCCGUCGUCCCAGCGACCCCGACCGACUAGGACUAGGACUACGUUUCGCUCUAUGGAUAAACGAUAACCCUUGCUGUUUGAUACUAUUGUUUUGGCUUGUGAUGCCUGAGGAUAAAAAUACCACAAUGGUUGCUGAAAACGAAAAUGCAUCGCCUUCGAAAGGCAAAACCCCGACGAAAACCAGUGGACGUAAUGCUCAUUCACAAAUUACCAUGUUGGAUGGUGCCGUUUUGGAUGUCUAUAUUGAUCCUAAAGCAAGAGGACUAGACCUUCUCAACAAAGUGUGUGAAGCGAUCAAUCUUAUUGAGAGAGAUUACUUUGGUUUGGUUUACUCCGACCGACAUGACGCCCAUAACUGGCUGGAUUUGGAGAAAAGAAUUUCCAAAUUUAUGAAAAAUGAACCUUGGAGAUUCAAAUUCGAAGUGAAAUUCUACCCGCCAGAUCCAGCACAAUUGCAGGAAGACAUCACACGUUAUCAUCUUUGUCUGCAGAUUCGCAAUGACAUUUUGAAUAAUAAACUACCCUGCUCUUUUGUGACACAUGCCCUUUUGGGUUCUUUUCUGGUGCAAUCCGAAGUUGGUGAUUACGAUGGUGAUACAAUGGGUCGUACUUAUUUGAAGGACUUUAAAUUUGCACCGAAUCAAAAUGCAGAACUCACCGAUAAAGUGAUCGAACUGCAUAAGACACAUAAAGGUCAAACGCCCGCUGAAGCAGAAUUACAUUACCUUGAAAAUGCAAAAAAAUUGGCGAUGUAUGGUGUAGAUUUACAUCCUGCAAAGGACUCUGAGGGUGUUGAUAUUAUGCUGGGUGUUUGCGCUUCAGGAUUGUUGGUUUAUCGUGAUCGUCUGCGUAUUAAUCGUUUUGCUUGGCCGAAGAUUCUAAAGAUCAGCUACAAGCGUUAUAAUUUUUACAUUAAGAUUCGCCCAGGCGAGUUUGAACAGUUCGAGUCUACGAUUGGUUUUAAACUUGCGAAUCAUCGCGCCGCGAAGAAAUUAUGGAAAACCUGUGUUGAACAUCACACUUUCUUCAGAUUGAUGUCUCCUGAAGCGCAGCAGAAAUCAUCACUAUUCCCACGUUUAGGAUCGAAAUUUCGAUACUCUGGUAGAACUCAUUAUGAGACCAAGAAAACACCAAUUGAAAGGCAGCCUCCGCAGUUUGAAAGAAGUUUAAGUGGAAGAAGACUGGCUUCCCGUAGCAUGGAUCCGUUGGGUGGGGUGCAACCUGACGAUGAUUAUAACGAAGCCAACAAGCGUCAUACUAUGUCACACCCACCGGAACACAUUCCGGAAAUCGAGGGUUCUCCGGCUAAGAAAGCAAAGGACAAAAAGGAGAAAGAAGAGAAGAAACCGAAAGACAAGCUGGCGAGGAGAGGUAGCGCCGGCACCGGAUCCGUUAGCUCGACUAGUUCUCUGGAAGGCCAUUACGUGGCCGAUAAGAAUCAGAAGAAACCUAUCGGUGGCGUCGCUGUACUACCCGCUGGCUUGUUGAAGAAAAAAGAUAAAGAGAACCAAGAUAAUAACGCCCAACAAAAUGGUGACCAAAACGGCACCGACACCGAGUCGAACAUCGAGCACGAACGAUCACCUAGCAAGAAGGAGAAGUCGAAGAGUCCCGGUUUUCUAUCUUUCGGCUCGAAGCGUGAGAAAUCGCCCAAAGACAAGAAAGAAAAGGAAGCGAAGGCGAAAGAUGUCAAGGAGGAUGAAGGCAAACAACAACAGGAGCAAGAAGGGGGUGGUCCUCCAAUGGGUUCACCCCAAUUGCCUGGAUAUACUAAGCCGUACAACUACGAAGCGGCUGAUGACGAAACGCCAAGAAAACCAUACACUCGUGGAUUUAGUUAUGAAAAACCCACCACACCAACUUCGGACGCUGGCUCACCCCAAUCACCAAAUACUAAAAAAGCUACUGGUUUGGCGUUCAAUUAUGCGCCUGGUGAAGGUGAGAAAUUACGUGAAAAAAGUAAAGAAUUGUCACCAGUCUCACAACGAGCUGCCGCUGCAGCUGGCAAACCAGGAAAGAAAGAUCCUAAAAGUGAUUCUGCUGCGUUUAUCGAGGGUGAACAACAUGAUCCUAAUACGGCAGGAGCCACACCAGUUGCUGCUGUACCACUUAUCGCUGAUGGUAAAAAUACGCGUCCGGUGAAGUUGUUUGUUCUUACAUGUAAGAAAGAUCCUAAAACUGGAAAAUUGGAUAUGGAAAAUGCGAAGUUAGAUAUUUCUACCGGAAACGAAAAUUUGAACACUGGAUUAAUUGACUCUAAAUACGGCUUGAUUGAUCCAUCCAAUGGAACAGUGGUUAUUACUGACCCAGCUAAUGGUCAAAAAGAAGUUGUCCAGGGUCAUAUUGAUCCAAUUUCGAAACAAAUUAUCAUUUCGCAAGGCGCUAUUAUUAAUCCUGCUACAGGUCAACGUGAUACGACAUCGGGUCAGGUUAUUUCACUUUGCGAAAAAGAAGAUCCCGCAGUUACGCCACUUGCUAUUAUUCCGAAGAAACGCAUCAUUAAAAUUACUGUUUUCACUGGUAAGAAAGAUCCGAAAUCUAACCGUAUUGAAGCUGAAAAAUCCACUCCUGAGCAUGUUACCGCUGUUUACGACCCUAUUACUGGACAAAUCGAAUGCAAAUAUGGACUUAUUGAUCCGAUGAACAAAAAGAUCUUGGUUAAAGACCCCAAGACAGGUAAAUCCGAUGUUAGACCAAUUGAACUCGAUGAUAACUUGGAACAAAUGAUUAUUAACGAUGGCGUGGUAGAUACAAAAACUGGAAAGAUUGACUCGCACCUCGGUCAGAUAAUCCGCCUUGGUGCGGAAGGAGACACUAUUGUUCCGAUUACAUCAGUUACAGCUAAGAUCGACCCGAAAACUGGUCAGUUUGACCCAACAAAAGCUCAUAAAGCAACUUCUAAUGGUUGCAUUGACCCUAAAAAUGGUAACAUUGCCACCAAAUUUGGUCUCAUUGAUGUUAAAAGGAAAGUGAUUAUCCACAAGGACCCGGCGAGCGGAAAAUUAUCCGAGAGACCUAUCCAGCUCGACGAAAACAACAAUGUUAUCAUUCUGACAGGAGUAACUGAUCCGACAACGGGUAAAAUUGAUAACAAUCUGCGGCAAAUUCUCCAAAUCGGCAAGGAAAUCGAUGCUGAAGCUCAAGUGACUUCCGUUUGUGGUAAAGUCGACAAGAAGGGCUUAGAUCCGAAGACGUCCGCGACUGAGAAGUCAAGCGGUCUUUACGACCCGAGCAGCAGUAAAGUUUACACCAAAUACGGUGUUUAUGACCCUGUGCACGAAACGCUCACGUUUUAUGACCCCAAGAAUAACAAGGCGGAGGUGCGACAAGCGACCAAAGACCCGCAGACUGGUAAUUUACUGUUUAAGCAGAUCUAUAAUCCAAGAACAGGAAAAGUCGAUAAGGACUUUGGUCGUACUAUUGCAAUUGAUGUGAAGGAAUCGCAUGUUGAUCCGGAUGUAAAACAACUGAUCGAAGAACCUAAACAAGUCAAACCUGCUCCUAUUGCAGAACCUGCAAGUCAGCCGGUGCAAGGAAGGAAAUCCACCAGUCCGGUGAAAGUGGCCAGUCCUGUUGUACCACAGAAGCCAGUCAGUGAACCAACUGGUGAAUUUGUUAAACUUAUGGUUAUUACGUGCAAGAAAGAUCCAAAAACUGGUCAAUUGAAUGUCGAAGAAGGUAGUGUUGAUCAAUCCGUUGGUAUUCUAAACACUAACGGAGAGAUUGACUCGAAAUACGGCCUGAUUGACCCGAAUAAAUGUACAAUAAAGAUUACCGAUCCCAAAACUGGUCAAACAGAAACAAUUCAAGGUAAACAGGAUAAGACUACUGGUCAAAUUGCAUUCGCUGGGCCUGUAAUUGAUCCGAAGACAGAUGAGCGCGAUGAACAUUCCGGACAAUUGGUAGUGGUUGUAAAUGAGAAGAAAGCUCCACUUAAAGGAACUGCUCUUCCUGAAGCAGUCAUUGCUCCUAAAAAACGUAUUGUUAAAAUCUUGGUGAUUACCGCAAAGAAAGAUCCCAAAACCGGAAAAAUUGAAACUGAGAAAGGUACUGUCGAAAAAUUGGAUGCAGUUGUUGAUCCGCAUAGUGGGUUAAUUCAGACUAAAUACGGCAACAUUGAUCCCCGCAAAAAGACAAUUGAACAACUUGAUCCUAAGGGCAAAUCUGUCACUAAUCCAAUUUCAAUGGACGAAGCAACAGGGCAAAUCUUUAUUGAUUCUAACGUUGCUGAUCCCAAGUCUGGUAAAGUUGAUCCUACUUUGACGCAGGUUAUGAAUGUGGUUGACCCGAAGGAACCUGUUUAUGCAAUUACCAUCACCAGUGGAAGGAAGGAUCCCGCAACCGGAAAACUUGAUCCAGCCACCGCUAGAACCGAGGUAUCCAAUGGUAGAGUCAAUCCUAAUACUGGAGAGAUUGUUACCAAACAAGGUACAGUCAACUUGAAACUCAUGAGGUUGACGUUCAAAGAUCCGAAGACCGGAAGAGUUACUGAGAAACCUGUUAAACUCAACAAGGAUGGUAGUAUUGAAGUUGGCGAAGUAGUAAAUCCUGCUACAGGAAAGGUUGAUCCUAUGUGUCUCCAGACAAUUCAGGUUGGAAAGGAAGUUGAUCCAGAGGUACAAAUCACUACCUACGUCGGUAAACUUGAUUCCAAGAAGAACAUUAUUGAUGCUAAACACGCAAGUCCACCCAAUACAUCAACUGGAUUGUACGAUAGUGAUAAGAACUUGAUAUACACCAAAUAUGGAGUUUUAAAUCCAACUGCUGAGACGUUACUGAUUAAUGAUCCAAAAACAGGUAAACCUGAACAACGCCAGGGACAUGUAGAUGCUAAUAACGGGGAGAUUGUUUUUAAGGGAGGUUUUGUUAACCCGAAAACUGGAAAGGUUGAUAAUCAUUUCGGACGCGCUAUGUCUGUUCAUGUUACUGAUCCAAAUGUGGAUACUGUCACGUCUCAACAACCAACUGUUGCGGAUAUAAUGAAACCUGAUUUGGUUGAGGUUGAAACUGAAGUGGUCGGCAGACAAUCUCCUGUUAAGCAAGUGGUUACUCCUAUUAAACCAGCUCCUCCAGUGAGGCAAUCUUCUUCUCCUGCAAAGGCUCCAUCCCCGGUUAAACAACCUUCUCCCGUGAAGGCACCAUCACCCGUUAAGCACGCGUCUCCUUUGAAGGAAGUUAUUACUACUACCGUGGCGACCGGUCAACCAAUUCCAAGACAUCGCAUUGUUAAAAUUAUGGUAAUCACUCUGAAGAAAGAUCCGAAAACUCAUCAAAUUGAUAUGGAUAAUGCCACUGAAGAACAACUCACUGGUAUUUUAGAUCCGAAGACUGGUUUGAUCGAAACGAAGUAUGGAAUGAUUGAUCCUAAGACUGGAUCUAUCGUUACACAGAACCCUACGACUGGCCAGAAGGAGAUUGUUGAGGGAAGAGUCCACCCUACAACUGGACAAAUUUACACUGUUGGUAACAAGAUAGUUGAUCCUACAACAGGGCAAGUUGAACCUAACGUGGGUCAAAUUUUCUCAAUUGUUGGGUUGAAACAAGCACAAGACCCGACAACUCCUCCACCACCUAAGAAGAGAAUUGUCAAAAUUUGCGUGAUCACUACGAAGGUUGAUCCCAAAACAGGUGUACCCGAUGCUGAGAAGGGUCAUAUUGAAGAGUCCACCGGAUAUCUCAAUCCACAAACUGGUCUAAUCGAAACUAAAUAUGGUCUGUUGGACCCCAAGAAUAACAAACUUAUUAUAAAUGAUCAAAAGAGCGGCAAAGUUGAAGCUAAACCUGCCAAUUUACAAGAAAACACUGGACAAAUGUUGAUUACUGAAGGUGUUACCGAUCCGAAAUCGGGUAAACCUGAUACGUCUUUAGUUCAGAUGUUGAGCAUUGCCGGUCAGAAUGAUCCCGUCUUAGAAGUUACUACAAUUACUGCUCGUAAGGAUCCGCGCACUGGUGAACUGGAAGCAAAUGGACGUAUGGAGACUACAAACGCGAAAAAGAACUCCGCUACCGGCGAUAUCACGACGAAAUAUGGUGUUAUUAACUUAACACUGAUGAGGAUUACCAGGACAGACCCGCAAACCGGUAAAAUCGUGACGCAUCCCUUAAAGGUUGACGGUGAGGGUAAUAUUCAUAUCAGCCAUGGAGUUUUGGAUCCGCGCACGGGUGUUGAGAACAACGACUUGGGUCAAAUCAUCAAAAUAGGCAGCGAAGUUGAACCUGAAGUGCAGGUUGUGUCGUUUAUGGGCAAAGUAGAUCCGAAGAAGAACACAAUUGAUGUUAAACACAUUGUUCCAGACGUUUCAUCCGGUUUAUACAACCCAUACAAUAAUACGGUUGAUACUAAAUACGGUCAGAUUGACCCUGUUAAAGCCACCUUAACUUUUGUUGAUCCAAAAUCGGGUAAACAAGAUAUUAAACAGGGUAUUAUUGAUGCUACAUCAGGGCAGAUGAUUUUCAAGGGCUACACCAAUCCGAAGACCAACAAACACGAUCCUAAUUAUGGUAGAGUGAUUUCUAUCUUGAUUUCUGAACCAGAAGUUUCUGAAACUGGUGAAAUUAUUAACCAGAAAGAUGCUAAGAGAUUGAAGAUUGAUCCCAAAACCAAUCAAGUAUGGACUUUGGUACAUCAUGAUGAUGCCACCAAGAAGAAUUUGUAUAGUACUGGUCAGGUAGAUCCAAUUACUGGUUACAUGCUUACGAUUUAUGGUUAUCAAGAUCCCAAGACCUCCAGUAUUAGUAAAUCAACAAAGGUUGAUCCUACCAUCAUUGUUGUAGAUCCGGAAAAUAAGCAGGUUUAUAAUAAGACAGCGUACGCUGAUGAAAACGGUGAUCCUUUGUAUUCGCAUAGCGAAAUUAAUCCGUCCACUGGAGAAAUUUAUACCAAAUAUGGUAAAAUCGAUCCGAAAACAGGCAAAUUUAUCAUCGUGCGUAUUUAUCUCGUCUCACACAACGAAGGCAAUGAAGGAGUAAAAGAAAUCGAUCCGAAAUGUUGUCAAAUUGAUCCCAAAUCCGGCAAAAUCCAAAAGAUUUCAACGCAAACUCUAUACAUGUACAGCAUGAUUGAUCCAGUCACAGGAAAGGUGAUUCAGGUUGAUUCCAAUGACCCAAUGCUGCGCAGCGCCAAUACAAAAGUCAAACAGGUGCUUACUCUCUCCGGAGAGAUCGAUCCUGUCACCGGAAAGAUUCAUACUGAAUGGGGUCGCAUUGAUCCACAAACCGGAAAUAUAGAUCCGGAUACAGCACGACGUGACCCGGUCACAGGAGAGUUAAUCUUGAACUACGCUCAGAUAGAUCCGAGCCAUUUCAGUGACUUGAAAGAUACCAAGGUGGAGAUGAAGACCUACACCAAGGGUGUGGAUAGUUCAGACGAUGAAAGCAGUGAUGACGAUGUGAAUCAGUACGGCAGCGACAGCAUGAAAGACAUGUUGAAUUUGAGUGUGAAGGGUAAAAGCGCUCCGGUGGUGGUGAAAACAACAACGAAACAGAUUGUUACGAAAAACAAAGAUGGCGUCACACAGAAUAUUGAAGAACGCGUAGAAGAUGGAAGGACCGGCGAAGUAACCGUUUCUACCCAGGUUAACAAGGCUGAUGCGCUGUCGGAAGAUGGCAAGUCACCGUUUGUGACCGCGAGGGCUGUAACCACUCGCACGGCUACCACCCACGAGGACUUGGGCACUAAUGCACGCACGCAGCAGUUGGAGGAAAAGACCGUGGCACAUUCGAUGACGUCUAGUGCCACAAGACAAGAACAACGCACUGUCACGCAGGAAGUUAAGACGACCAGUACGGUCGUCAGUGGUGAUCAGCUAGGCAGACGCGACAGCAUAAGCUCGACGAGCUCAGGCGAUUCCGGCACCCCAAUUGACCCACCAGACGACCCCAAUCAUCCGUAUUAUGAUAACGUGUUCCACAAGAAUCUACCCGAGAGCAUCGUUCAUACCGACACAGUCGUCUACAGUGGCGACCCAACUAUCACCGGAACAAGUACUACGAACGUCCCUGUUGUAGCUACAGAAGCCCGCAAAGUUCAUCUCACUUCAGAGGAUGGCAACUACUCUGCCACUGGGGAGAUCGUCAGUUCACAGACGAUUUCUUCGAAGACACGAACAGUUGAGACCAUUACGUACAAAACGGAGCGCGAUGGAGUGGUGGAAACACGCGUCGAACAAAAGAUCACUAUUCAGUCGGACGGUGAUCCAAUUGACCACGACCGCGCAUUGGCUGAAGCAAUUCAAGAAGCGACAGCGAUGAAUCCUGAUAUGACAGUCGAGAAGAUUGAGAUCCAGCAGCAAGCUGCUCAGCAGCAACAACAACAACAACAACAACAACAAGAGCAAUAGGAGCUAGGAUUGGGACGCAAAAUUUAAAAUCGAAUAUUAAAUUUAAAUAUUUAAAACAACACACGCAAUUUAUGCAUUUGAGGAAUUAAUUUAUAACUUACACGUUUAGGUUGCAUAUAGCUCUCUUUUGUAUCACGUUUGCUGCAAACAAAGAAAAACAAAGGCGGAAUAAUACAUAAAGAUGACGAUAAUGAAAUUAUUGCCGAUAAGAAAUAUAUUAUUUAAUUUUUUUGAACAUUUGCAUAUAAUACACGUGUAAGAAUUGUUGCUUUUUGCUAUGUGCGCUCUAUGUGUGCUUUUUAUUUUUGUAAAGUUUGUUUUAAGAGAAACAUACGAAGGAAUGCAAAAACAUUUAAUUAAGAGGCAAUAUUUUGAUCAUAACUAUUAUUUAUCUGUGGUUAUGAUGACGAUUCUUUUGAUGAUUUUAUUUUUUUACUUUACUUUUGUUAUUUGUCUUUUUAUUUCAAUUGAUUAAUGAAUAUAUUAGUAUUUUUAUUCGGUGUGCGGUCGCAUUAAUUUAUUACGUUUAAGACAAACACUAAAUUCUCCACGAAAAAUAAAAUAAAACAAAAUGGACGCCAAGCGUUCUCACUGAAGUAUUUUUCAUCUUUUUAUUGCUUUAUUUAUAUUUUACUUCGUCGUUGUAGAGUUUGUCGUUUUAUUUCAAUUACGUCUAAAACAUUUGAAUAACAGCACGCAACUGAAGCUAUGUUGUGCGCGUAGCAGCUUUAGAUUUUGCAUUUUUAUACAUCAAAACUAACUAAUAAAUGUUACGAAUGCGGAACGUCCACGAACUCUAAAUCUAACAUCUUUACGUGAUUGAAACAGAUGAGAAUAACUAGAUCCCAUCCCAAGAAAACACCUAAUAAAACAAUUGAAUUCUGUCAAACCUGCAUCUUAGAUACAUUUAAUGCUUUAUGAAUAUGAUAAAUUACCGAGACAAUUGUAAAUCCCUAGCGGCGGUAACCGAUGGUAAAUGAUAAAUGUUUAAUGUACGUAGUCGGGUGUAUUGAUCAUAAAGAUUAAAAACUAGAAAAUCUCGAGUAGACGCAAUGAGAAAUGCAAAUGUACGCGGAACAAAUAGCGCAGAUUGCAAAUGUUUGUAAAUUAAAGUAAACAUGAUGAAGAAUUGACAUGUGUUCAAAAUACAGUGCAACUAUAUGAUUAUUAUAAUACUACGAGUACGAUAAUUUUAAAUAUUCUAUAGAUAUUCUAUUGUAAACGAGAUAAUAAUGAUUAAUAUAUGAAUAUAUAUGAGAGCGAGAUUAUUAAAUAAAGAUGAAUACAGAUGAACUACAAAGAGAA